UCUGGCCACCAGUUCUCUGGAGUGUCUCGGGGUGCAGUCUUUUCACUUCCUAGUUAGCUAAGAAAGUUAACAUUAGCUCAAAGCAGUUUAGCCACUCUAUGUGUACAGAGGCGACGUAGGCAACUUUUCACAACGAUUUUUCAUAUCUAUCAGUUUGCCGACUUGGUGCGUAAGAAAGAGUAUCCUCUCUGCGCGUGAUUGUCGGAGUGUCAGUGUUCCAGGAGCUGGUACACCAAGUUCUUAGCUGGCAAGGUUGCUAGCUAGCUAACUCGACAACCCGGUAAAAGACAUCUUUGUUCCCUAAUUUAAGGUGGCGGACCGACACGGUUUUGUAGCUUUCAACUUGCGCAGAAUCUAAAUAUAAGGGAUGAAUUGUUUCUACCAAGCGAAGUUACAUGCGAUGACUUGAUUCUGAUAGCUAGUUCUAGCCACUUCCUGACGCACAGGCUAACGCACACUAGCUGACUUUUGGAACUCAGAUCCUCCGCCUUGGUGAUUCAUUGGGUGUUGUUGUAUAAGGUCUCCAAAUGGCAAAAAAGACCUACGAUCUGCUGUUCAAGCUCCUCCUAAUUGGAGACUCGGGGGUUGGGAAGACCUGUGUGCUGUUCCGCUUCUCCGACGACGCCUUCAAUACCACCUUCAUCUCCACAAUAGGGAUUGACUUCAAGAUCAAGACAGUCGAACUGCAAGGAAAGAAGAUCAAGCUACAGAUAUGGGACACAGCAGGACAGGAGCGGUUCCACACAAUCACAACAUCCUACUACAGAGGGGCCAUGGGGAUCAUGCUGGUCUACGAUAUCACCAACACAAAAAGCUUUGAGAACAUCACCAAAUGGUUGCGAAAUAUUGAUGAGCAUGCCAGUGAGGAGGUGGAGAGGAUGCUGCUCGGAAACAAGUGUGACAUGGAUGACAAACGCGUGGUGCCCACUGCAAGAGGGGAACAGAUUGCUACGGAGCAUGGCAUCAGGUUCUUCGAGACGAGUGCAAAAGCCAACAUCAACAUUGAGAAGGCCUUCCUCACUCUGGCUGAGGACAUCCUGAACAAGACCCCUGGGAAAGAGCCGGCAGCGGAGCACAUGGAACUCAACAGUGGCAACACGGGAGCAGGAUGGAAGAACAAGUGCUGUUGAUGACCUUUGACCUCUUCACAGCAACGGAACCCCCCACCCUUCCUCUUCUCUCCUACGUCUGUCUUCCUAUCACGUAUCAUAGUAUUAAAACCACAUUUUUGCAUAUAUAGAGGCUAUCAAUUUAUACCCCCCAAAACCUAAAGGACAUCUCAGUGUUGAAAAAGUAAGAAUAUCAUUAAUGACAUUUAUUUUAACAUUUUGUUUUGUUUUGUUUGUUUCUUUACCCAAAGUCACAUGGCCUUUAACUCCUUCAUAUGUGCUUGUUUUUUUUGUUUCUGACAAUUGUACAAAUCUAUGAACUGGUUCUUUGAUGAAUUGAUCAGUGAGGGAGGAAAGGAGGUGUUCACACAUCAUGAAUCGUCAUCGCCAUCCUUUAAAAAAAAAAAAAAGUACUCCCUCUCUGUGUAUUAACGUAUAACUGACCGUGUAGUAGAAGGCGACGGCUCCUUUGGAGCGACGCUACACUGCAGUGAUGAUUUAACUCCCAGUGGGACAUUAGCGCCGUUGCUACUCUUGUAAAAGUCUCUCACCGUUGUGCCUGAGGCGUUGCCUAGCGGCCCGUGGCCAAUUGCAUGACUUCCUGUACAGUAGUCACGUUUGACCAUGCAGUCGCUCGUAGCACACGUUGGUUGUUGUAUUUCGCCCUCUCACAGCUGCCUUCUCUAAUCCCCCCCAUGUUACUGCCCAACUGUGGCUCGGUGGGGAAAGCCCCACAGCAACAGGUGCCUGGCUGUGUGUUAGUGGGUAGGGGUAGAUGGGAUCAAAACGGUGCAUCUGCCGUGGGGUCUAAGAUUCAGACCGGGCGUACGUACGGUGAGGUGUAAAUGUGUGAGCUGUUUUUGUUGCGUCCAACCUCGGUGUGGUUUGUCGAACUCGUGAGUUAGCGACACUGACUGGUCCCUUCCCCAUUCUGCGUUUCUGGUGUCUGUGUGGCUGGGUGUUCUUUUUUUUUUUCUUUCUUUACUUUUCCUGUAUGCUGUUACAGGUCUUGCACGGUUGUCUUUUUUUGUUUUGUUUUUGUUUUUUGGCUGUUUAUGUCUAGUGUGCAAUCUAAAACUUAAGGGAAUUCAGAAUUGUAUAUCAUACCAACUUUGAUCUUUGACGUGUAGUGUCCUCGUCCCCAUAUAUAACAAGUGCACAUAACUGGUGGACUAUGCAAAUCAUCAUGUCACUAACUGUUUGUGUACUGAUUUGUAUGGCGCUUUCGCUUUCAAAAAGUCCUUCCUUUUCCAGUUUCAUAGUGUUACUCGGAAGUGGUGUUUUUUUUCCCUUUUCUUUCUUUUCCUUUUUGGGGUGUAAGUCUAGGGAAACUUUUUUUUAAGCACUUUUCACUUCCUCAUGUGGAAACACUCAUUCGCUGGAAUGAAAAAUAGAUGCAAGCAACCAAUAAGUUGCUUUCAUCCAUGAACUAACUUUUUUUUCUUCACAACAAUAAGUGCGAUUUGCUAUAACUGCUAUAAUAAUCUCAGUACGUCUGGUCUUGUUUACAACAACACCCGUGCACACUUUGUACCAUACUUUUUGAACUAUGGGACCGAUCCAGCAGUUUUGUUUUUUUGCCAGUCUCAAGUCUGAACAGGCUUUGUGUCUGCUUGCAGAGGAGGAGGACACUUUGAAAUUGAAAUGCAAUAAAAGUGACGUGAAUGUUUUAAAGUCA